ACUUCCAGGGCAAAGAGCGGCACAUACAAAUGACAAAUAUCAACAUUAAAAGAAAUACUUUUUGUGACGUCUUGCGUCCAUUGGACGCCAGAUGCCGCUGUGAUGGUAAAUUGUACCGGAAGUUACUGACUGGCUCCGUCCUGCUCGUGCGGCUCACGGACAACAUGGCGGCGCUGUGGACGGCAGUUUCCCGAUGUGGACGCCGGUUCUCCCUCCGCAGCUUCAGCUCAGACUCCGCGGCCUCCGGCAGCGACCAGCCCGCCGCAGACAGACCCAGAUCCGGCUUCGCUGCCGCCUUCGACCUGCAGUCGGAGCUCCGGCGGGAGGCGGCGGACUCCGCGGCCGCCCCGAGAGCCUCCUCCUCGGGUCAGGAUGACAGCUUCGCCUCGCUGCUUCGUCGGUCCCCGCUGAUUCAGAUGGGACCGGCCAAGGACCGAGUAGUGGUCGGGAGGAUCUUCCACGUCCUGCACGAGGACCUAUACAUCGACUUCGGCGGGAAGUUCCACUGCGUGUGCCGGCGGCCGGCGGACGGAGCAGAGACGCUGCAGCGGGGCAGCAGAGUCCGGCUGCGGCUGCAGGACCUGGAGCUGACCGGCCGCUUCCUGGGAGCCCGGAGCGACACGACGCUGCUGGAGGCGCAGGCGGUUCUGCUGGGCCCGCUGGACAAGAACCGGGACUGAGAGGAACCAGGAACUGACCAAUGACUGUUUAUGGUCAAUGUCAUUGACCAAUGUUGUAUUAUUUAAUGACGUCAUCAGAAAAUAAACAAUUGUAUUAUUGUUAUAA